AUGUUGCCAAGAUGGAGCAGAGCUGUUACUCAGCUCUCAAGGUUGGGUUCACAUCAUAACUUGAAUCUCAAAAAUGAAUUUUAUGUCAUUUCUCGCCAAAGCUAUGGCAGGGCUGCUGCAGCUGUGGCUCCAGAUGUGGAAAAACCUCUCCCUAGUGAGCCAGUGGUAAAUCUGGACAAACUGUUUUGGUCUAAGCCAUGCUCAUUGGCUUUGGCCCCGGACUCCCCAUUAAGAAUUGAAGAGCCACAAUAUGCGGGAUUUAAACAUGCAAUUCUUAGGCUGAUGCUGUUUUAUAGCAAACAAAGCACGUCCAUUCGAGGGGCAAAUGUGGUAUAUAAGCGAAUCAUUUCACAAGUUGAUAAACCUGCCAUUUACGAAGUAUUCAACUUGGAGAAAACCUUUAAGACAACAUUCUCUCUACUUGUACUUCAUAUGUGGCUUUGCUUACACCGGUUGAAAGAAGACGGAAAGGAAGGAGUUGAAUUUGGGCAAUACAUAUAUGAGACUUACAAUCACGAUGUGGAACUUAGAGUAUCUAAGGCUGGGGUCAACUUAUUACUGACUAAAUGGAUGAAGGAUUUGGAGAAGAUAUUCUACGGGAACAUUGUUGCUUAUGAUGCUGCCGUGCUUCCGGAGGCUAGGCAGGAUGAGCUGCAAAAUGUGAUUUGGAGGAAUGUCUUUUCUGAUGAUGGUUCAUCACAACCAAAUGGUGAUGCAUCACGAGCAGUCCAGGCAAUGGCAAGAUAUAUUCGCCGGGAAGUUAGUUGCCUGUCCUUGACAGAUAAAGAAGCUAUGUUCUCUGGUAAUUUCAUGUUUACUUCAUUGAAGGGCGAGAAACCAAAAUCCGAGACAUCCAUAUAA